UCAGUCGCCGGCAUGGCGGUGUGCGCUCGCCUCUGCGGCGUGGGCCCGUCGCGGGGAUGCCGGCGCCGCCAGCAGCGCCGGGACCCGGCCGAGACCGCGGCGGCCGACAGCGAACCGGACACGGACCCCGAGGAGGAGCGCAUCGAGGCGGGCGCGGCGGCGCUGUCCGGGGCCGGGGGCGGCCAGAGCGCGGGCCCCUCGUCGCCCCCGCGAUGCUCGCUUCUGGAGCUGCCGCCCGAGCUGCUGGUGGAGAUCUUCGCGUCGCUGCCCGGCACCGACCUGCCCAGCCUGGCCCAGGUCUGCACCAAGUUCCGACGCAUCCUGCACACUGACACCAUCUGGAGGCGGCGCUGCCGGGAGGAGUACGGCGUUUGUGAAAACUUGCGGAAGCUGGAGAUCACGGGCGUGUCUUGUCGAGACGUCUAUGCCAAGCUGCUUCACCGAUACAGACACAUCCUGGGCUUGUGGCAGCCGGAUAUCGGGCCGUACGGAGGACUGCUGAACGUGGUGGUGGACGGCUUGUUCAUCAUUGGCUGGAUGUACCUGCCUCCCCACGACCCUCACGUGGACGACCCGAUGCGGUUCAAGCCCCUGUUCCGAAUCCACCUGAUGGAGAGGAAGUCGGCCACGGUGGAGUGCAUGUACGGCCACAGAGGGCCCCACAACGGCCACGUCCAGAUUGUGAAGAAGGACGAGUUCUCCACCAAGUGCAACCAGACGGACCACCACAGGAUGUCUGGCGGGCGGCAGGAGGAAUUCCGCACGUGGUUAAGGGAGGAGUGGGGCCGGACGCUGGAGGACAUUUUCCACGAGCACAUGCAGGAGCUCAUCCUGAUGAAGUUCAUCUACACCAGUCAGUACGACAACUGCCUGACCUAUCGCCGCAUCUACCUCCCGCCCAGCCGCCCGGAUGACCUCAUCAGGCCGGGCCUCUUCAAGGGCACCUACGGCAGCCACGGCCUGGAGAUCGUCAUGCUCAGCUUCCAUGGGAAGCGUGCCAGGGGCACGAAGAUCACGGGCGACCCCAAUAUCCCUGCCGGGCAGCAGACCGUGGAGAUUGACCUCAGGCACCGCAUCCAGCUGCCUGAUGCCGAGAGCCUGCGCGACUUCAACGAGCUCUCCCGCGUCGUCCUGGAGGUGCGUGAGCAGGUGCGCCAGGAGCAGGAGCAGGAAGGCGGGCCCGAGGAUGCCGAGGGCCUCAGCCAGCAGAGCCCCCAGCCCUGCGAGGAGCCUCCCGCCGAGCCGGCCCAGGCGCCUGGGGACGGAGGGGCUGUGGCCGCAGCUGAGCCACCUGCCCAGUCAGGGCAGGGGCAGCCGUUCGUGCUGCCAGUGGGCGUGAGCUCAAGGAAUGAGGAUUAUCCCCGGACCUGCAGGAUGUGUUUCUACGGCACUGGCCUCAUCGCCGGCCACGGCUUCACCAGCCCUGAGCGCACCCCUGGGGUCUUUGUCUUAUUCGACGAGGACCGCUUCGGGUUCAUCUGGCUGGAGCUGAAGUCCUUCAGCCUCUACAGCAGGGUCCAGGCCGCCUUCCGGAACGCAGACGCCCCGUCCCCGCAGGCCUUUGAGGAGAUGCUCAAGAACAUCCAGUCCCUCACCUCCUGAUGGUCCGCCUCCCCAUGGCGGGCGACUCGGGGCUGGGAGGGCAGCAGCAUGCGCUCGGGGGGACUCGGCCAACACCCGACACCCCACUGCUCGCAGGAGCCUUGGCGUGGCCGCCCAGAUGCUUUCCAUGGAGCGCACUGCACGCCUGCAUAUCUGCCAGUAGCAACAGGAGGGCUGAGCAUGUCUUGAAAAAAACAACAGAACCGGAACAAACUGACCUGGAGGACGGGCCACGGGGCGUGUAGGGACUGAACUGGAGAGACUGGCCGUUUUCUAGGGAGAACACAGUCCUCCUCCAGGGAGGGUCACUCCGCAUGCAUGGUCUGCUGCCUCCAGCUCAUGGAAGGGGUCCUAGGGGAGGCGUGCUGGCUCCACCAUCCCCUCUGCAGGGAGCAAGCCGGAGGGCCACGGUGGCUUCCAUGCAGCCUGGGCGGGUGGGGGCGCUGUGUGUGGAAUAGGAGCUCCGGGGAGAUGGGGUAUGGGGCUCGAGACCCACUUUUCCACCUACUCUCUUGGAUUUUGGACAAAUGCACGUCACUCCAAUCUCAGUUUCCAAGAUCAGUGAAACGGGGCCGGUGACACGGGUCACGAGGAGACGCCCACUGCAGGCUGUCCAGUAGCUCGGUGGCCCUGGUCCAGCACCGCCAGGCCCUGGGCCCUGCAGCACUGGGUGCCUGCCUGGCCUCUCUCAGGUUUAGAACCGAGACCUGCACUGCAGCGGUUCUGACAGGUAGUCACUGAGCGCCCGCCCUGCUCCCCCGCCCCACCCUCACUGGUGUGAGACCGCGAGUUGCAGCCACUGGUCUCAGAGCUGGGGACAGGGCCUCUCUGAGAUGACCCACGUCUGCUCCCCUGCGUGGUUUACGAGGUGCCACUCUUGAAAGGGGCAAAACAUUGGGAGGUGUCAUGCCAGGUGUUUGAUGCCCCUCUGCAGGGGAGAGGGCAGCUUUCUGGAAGUGUCAGGGGACCAGGCCCCUCCAGCGUGGAGAUGCCGGGUGCUGACCCUUCUGCUGGCACUGUCCCCGUUGUUGUCCUGUUGACCCCUGCAUUUGGGAACCCCCACGAGGCCUGAUCUUGCCAUCCCCUGAAGAACGGAGCCCUGUGUGCCUGGGCACAGACCUGCCGGAGCUCUGCUCAGCCCUCCCUGCCACCCGCCAAGCAUCACCGCACCUGCCUGCCAGGGCCGGUGGCUCCCCAGGGUGGAUGGACUCUGUUGCGUCCCAGCUGCUUGUCCUUGUUGGGUGCCCCAGGGAGGGGGCAGCUCUGUGGUGCCUUCACGUAGAGCCCAACCUGAGGUGCCCCAUGAAACGUGUCCUGUGUUUCCUGGUAGAGUUCUUCCUGACCAGCUCUUUUCUCAAAUAACUUCAGUCCCAGCUUCAGUCCAUUUGGCUACUUGGGCCUUCCUUCCUUUGCUGCCCAGAAGCAACAAGCUCUGGGCAUGGCCCUGAAAUGCAAACUAGGCUUCCCAGGACUGGGACUCUGGGGUCCACCCUGGGCCAUCGCCAGGCACCGUCGGCCAAGUCUCAUCAGAGACACCACCGCACACCUCCCAGAUCCUUCCAGCAGGACCCGCGGUCGGGUGGGGACGUGGUCCCAGUCCCUGCAUCUUGCAGGACUGAGCCUCAAAGCCUGUCGCCCUCCCCCCUCUCACAGCGUGGCUGUUCUUCUCUUGUGCCAAGUGUGGCUGUCCCCAAUGGUGCAGCCACAAAGCCUUGAGGACAGUGAAAACAGAGGACAGCUGGGCGCUCGGCUGUUCCUUUCUAGGUUUCACCACUGUUUAAAUAAAAUCAAGAAAAUGCGUGUUUUACCCAGAGCUAAGGGAUUGUCUCUGUCUGAGGCCCCCAGCAUUGUAAAGAUGAGCACUUCUGAUUAAAAACCAACCCCAAACUAAA